AAUUGCUCAGAGGUCGUCUCUUUCAUGCCAGGCAGUACCUCAUGAGGCAUAAAUCUAGGAUCACAAUGGCACCUGCUGAAAACUGUGAUAUUGUUUUAACAUUCCCAGGUAUGUCAUACAGGGGCGUAAGUUCAGACGUUGAAAGUUUGGACGAUGAGGGCCCACUGACUUUUGGGGCCCCAGAGAUCUGUUUUAUUAGUAGUAACUGCGACGCACCGAAAUGUAAAUUGUGGGCCGAAAUCGAUACUGAAUAUGUAGGGAGCACUCUGCAGAAAGAACAAGAAGUUUAUAUAUCGUGCAAAAUCAUUUGAAUGAAAACAACACGCAGAACACAGAGUUGCAGUGAGUCUGUUCAUAUAAACAGGCUUAAAAUUAAUUCAGUGAUAUCAGCACCUGCCGGAUGACAGUCCACAUGAGAUACAUCAUCAGUAAAUGAAAGAUCGUUCCGCUGAUCAUUCCCAUAUUAACAGUUUAAAGUUUGGCUCUUUAUGAUCUCCGACAAUAAAGAAACAUAAUGCUGGUCAGUUGCGCGUCACACAGAGCUUGCGUGUCAUUUUCUGUCCGCUGGUUUUGAACUGUUCUUGUAAUAUUUAUUAGUUACAGCCUUUGUUAUGGCGGUCUUACAGGAUCGUCCUUUGAUAACAGCUAGUGAGAGAUAGCGGGAUAACUGAAGUGAGAGGCGCUGGCGCCGGAUAUUUAGGCUUUUAUUUCGGCCAAAUUUUUCAUUCGGCAGAAACCGAUAAUGCUACUUUUGGCAGCCGAAAUGUUGGUGCAUCACUAGUAGUAGCAGUAUUAGUAGUAAUGUGAUAGAAAUUAUAAAUGUAUUAUUAAAUUGCAGACACAUUUUUGGGAUAGUUGGACUGUAUGUUUGGUGCAGUAUGGGGCCCAAUCACAUAUUCCUUUCAUAGGGCCCAAUAUUGCUAAUGGCACCCGUGAUGGUAUAUACAGUACAUUUACAGUUUGUUUUAAAAAAUAUAAUUAAAUAUAUGACGAUAUUUGCAACAUUUUGUACCAAGACCAGAUCACAGUUACAAUAUGUCGAAUAAUAAAGUGUGAAUGUAACUUUAGAAAUGCUUUUUAUGUUUAUUAUUGAUGGUUAUGCUAUAUCAUCUAAUUCACAGACACCACAGAUGACCAUACGCUGUUAUGGUUACUUAACCAAAUCCGUCUGGGGAUUCCACAUAUCAGAAUCCAGAUUCGGCAACAUAAACACUCUAAAAACUUUGCAUUCUUCAUUACCUCAACCUUUGAGAAGUAAGAGCCUGAAAUGUCUGUAUCAUUUGACAGACGGUCACUGUGUCUUACACAAAUAAAACUGCAGAAUAAUGGUUCAUUUUUCUCUGAAGCUUGUUGCGUGGAGCUGAGCAGAUGGGCAUGCAAAAGGCAGUGAAGCCACGCUAUGGAGGCGGCACUCGCAGGUUUUCCUGUGAGGAGGACGACAUCUACGAGAACAUAGAGAGUGAGCUCUGUUUCUUCACAUCACUGGUCAGUCUUCCGUGUCUGCUGCCUUCUCACACCCUUUGUUUGAUGUUCCACCAGUUUAUGGUAUUAAGAUUUGUCUCUGUGAUGUUUUAAGGAGCGUCAGAGUAUUAUCAAACAUUGGCUCGACAAUCUGAGGGCCAAACAGGGCCAAGCCCUUCAUAAUAUUCACUUCCUGGAUGGUCAACCAAUCAUUGUGUGUGUGUGUAUCCUUUUUAGUACCAGAGCUUUUAGCCAGGGGUGUAAUUCUUCAAAUGUUUCCUAUUCAUGAGCAGAGAAUUCUGAACCAGUUGAUGACAUCCUGGGUUCAGGCAGUCUGUGAGAAACAACCCCUAGAUGACAUCUAUGAUUAUUUUGGGGUGAAGAUUGCAAUGUAUUUUGCAUGGUUGGGAUUUUACACCAACUCUAUGCUUUACCCAGCAGUAAUUGGCUUUCUGCUUUGGAUCUUUGCUGAGUCUGAUCAGACAAGCCAGGACAUCUGCUGUGUGGUGUUUGCCCUUUUCAAUGUGAUUUGGGCAACACUUUUCCUAGAGAGAUGGAAGCGUCGGGAAGCAGAACUGGCGUAUAGGUGGGGCACACUGGACACCCCAACAGAGUCACUUGAAGAGCCCCGUCCACAGUUUCGGGGAGUUAAACGUCGCAGUCCAGUGACUGGAUGUGAAGAGUUUUUCUAUCCACCCUGGAAGAGAAGCAUGUUCUGCUGGUUGAUCAGUUUACCUAUUUGCAUCCUCUGUCUCGGCGUCGUAUGCUUGCUUAUGUUAAUCUGCCUGGAACUUCAAGAAUUUGUCAUGGAAACAAAAGAGUUUCCAAGCAUGUGUCGAUUUAUUCCUAAAAUUCUUCUGGCUAUAACUGUUACUGUAUGUGAUGAAGUGUACAAGAAAAUUGCUCACUGGCUCAAUGAUAUGGAAAAUUACAGACUUCAGAGCACCUACGAUAAUAAUCUCAUCCUCAAAACUGUUUUUUUUCAGUUCAUAAAUUCUUACCUCAGCCUUUUCUACAUCGGAUUUUAUCUCAAAGAUAUGGAGCGCCUGAAAGAGAUGCUAGCUACGCUGCUGAUCUUCAGACAGUUUCUACAAAAUAUAAAAGAAGUGUUACAGCCCUAUCUCUAUGAGCACCAUAAACUGGGAGCUCUUAAGACCUUAUUGGACUUAAUUCACACUAUGUUCUUGAACUACAGCCAUUUGAUAGUACAAAGAAUACGACUGACUUUCCAAGCCCGCCCAGAUGAAAAUAAAUGUGGCAUUUCUCCAGACCAAUCAGAGAAGAGAGAAAGGAAGAGCUUAAUUGCCAGCUACCAUGUUCCCAAAACAGAAGAAGGGGAUGAUGAUUCUUGUCUAAAGCAAAGGAAGGUCAGUUUCACUGAGAAGGUGGAAUACAAUGAAAGAGUUGUGAAAACACCAAAACAAGGAAACUUGCACAACGAUGGCAGUCCUACACUUAUGGAGGAAGGAAUGGAUCCAUCCUCUAUAUUUGACAUAAGUGAUGAUGAUGAUGUUAGUGAUAAGGAAACUGACAAAACUAUGAGUAAACCACAGGCUCAGAGGAGAAAGACCAGAUCUGAAGACAACGGCGGUAUGGAAAAGAAAACGUCUUGGAUGGACCCUCCUGAGGAGAAUAAAUCUACUGUUUUGACUCAAACAGAGAUUGAAAGUUGUAUGCUAAUUUACGAGGAUACUCUCCAAGAUUACCAAGAGAUGUUCAUACAGUUUGGCUAUGUGGUGCUCUUCUCCUCUGCAUUUCCCUUAGCAGCCAUGUGUGCCCUCAUAAACAAUAUUGUAGAGAUCCGUAGCGAUGCCUUAAAACUUUGCACUGGUCUCCAGAGACCCUUUGGUCAAAGAGUAGAGAGCAUUGGACAAUGGCAGACCGCAAUGGAGGCUAUGGGUCUGAUUGCAAUAAUUGUGAACUGUUACCUUAUUGGCCAAUGUGGACAGCUACAACGACUCUUCCCCUGGUUGAGCCCUGAGAUGGCCAUUGUUUCUGUUGUAGUACUAGAGCACUUUGCCAUUCUACUCAAAUAUGUAAUUCAUAUUGCAAUUCCUGAUAUUCCAAACUGGGUGGCAGAUGAGAUGGCGAAAUUGGAAUACCAACGUAGAGAAGCGUUCAAGAAACAUGAACGUCUGACUCAGCAGCAUCAGCAGCAGCAUCGGAGAAAGACAGAGGAAGCAGAAGAGCAUCAAAAAAUGGCGGAGGAACUAGCACGUCAACACAGCGAACUGGAGAAGACAGAUCUUAGUGGAGGUGAAGAUCAACAUCACAAUAAAAGUCCAGGGGCCAAAUUCAUCACUGGGGAUAGAGUCAAGAGACCCAGCUCGCUUUUGGGCAAAUUCACUUCUACAACUUCUCCCACGAGUGGUGAGGCCAAACUUCCAGGUUUUCUAAAGUUCCUCAAGUCUCAAGAGGUGAAAAAGGAAGCCACUGCCGCAGCUGCACACGGGAGCCAAGAAAAAUCACAGUCUCCGAGCAAAUCCUUCAAUCCAGGCAAACUCUUCAACUUUGGAAAAGACAACAUGUAUACUGGUGCUGGUUCUGAUCAGCAAGCUAAAGCAGAUGUCUCUAGGGCCAGUAAUGAACAACACCUUUUUCUUGACCAAACCUCUUCGUCAGAAGAGCUGCCAUCUUCUGAGGUUGAGAAUACGGACUCUGAUACUAAACCUUUAAAAAAACAGUGAAUGAUGAUACUACUCAAAUAUAUAACAUUGAUUGUGCUACAUAACCUUUGCUUGAAUGUAAUAACCGUGUAGUGGUCAAAAGAUUACACCAUAGUUUUCACAUAAUGAUUUAUAUUAAUCUGAGAUCUUACAAAUAUCUUUCUGAAGGAGGCAUGCUUUAGCUCCUGCAUGAAAAUGAACAGGGGCACAGGAAAGCAAGAAAGUUUGAAUGAGCAUAGAUCGAGCAUAUACCAUAAAAAAUAAUAGAUUAUCUAUUUUUCUACACAUUAUUUUGGUACAGGAAAUAGAACCAUAUGACUUAAUCCAUACAUAUUGCAUGAUCUUUGCUGAUAUUGAUUUAAAAAGCAGAGUGAGCACAUAUUGCAAUAAAAUGAAGAAA